AUGACUUCACGACUAAAAUCUGCUAUAUUACGCCACACCGACUCAAUAAAACGGUCGAAUCUCAGUGGAAUCAAAGACACCAUUCGUAGCCGUGUUACCACUACGAACAACGAUAACGGUUACGGCUCAAAUGAAUAUAUUCAUUCGAAUUUUUACGAUGAUGACAAUUAUCUAUCGAUUAUUAAAUGUAUCAAUGGAGGUUAUCACAUCACCGAGGACAUGCUAAAAUUCAUGUUAGACUAUAACGAUUGCCUUCAAAAACAUAUUGACAGCCUUAAAUCAUGUGCGAAAAAGUCGAAAUCAAAAGUGAAAGGUCAAUCAACACUUUCAUCGUACCAUACAGCUAGAGGAGCUCAAUUAAAAAUUAUUUCGGCACUGCCAUUAGAAGCUGAAUACUUGCAAGCUCGUCAUGAUGCAAUUCAAGUAGUUAUCGACGAAUGCCGUACUGAAUUAAACAGAAUCUAUUCAAAUGAGCAUUCAGGCUCGAGCCGUAAACAUAAUCGAACAGAUUACAUGGUCGACUCUUUCGAAGCAGCACGUUCAGUUUUACUGAAAUUAUCAGAUACACUCGACAACUUGAAGGAACAAAAAACGAAGGAAGACACUGCUCUGUUGGAGGCGAAAAUUCUAUGUGAAAAUCUUAGCUAUACUCAUGGAGUAAAGGAAAGUAAAACUGAAAAAGCAAACAAUAGCAGAAAAAAGCAUGAACGAAAAUUGGAGGAAAUCGAAAAGGACAUCGCACGAACUGAGGAUGCAUAUGAACAAGAAAAGAAAAAUUAUCGUGUUGAAGCAAAACGAAUUUAUGAAAAAUGUCGAAUAUUGGAAGAAGAAAGAUUAAAGUUAAUUGGAGACACCUUAAUGAAAUUCAUCAAAGUAGUUUAUUCAUCUGAAAACUCAACGCAACACCGUGAAAUCUACAAAGAACUUAAAUCACAUCUAAAAGAUGAACGAGAUACUACAGAAGAUCUCGACUUUUGGGCAAAAACUUAUGGUGUUUAUGAUUCAACAACGUCACUAUCAACAGAAACCAAUCAAAGUGAUGAUGCUCACGACGACGACGACGACGAAGAAGAAGAAGAAGAACCAUCAUCAGCAGAUACUACUACAAGUAGCACAAAAACUAAAUCCAAGAAAAAUCAAAAAUAA